AUGUCCAACCUCCAGAGCGCGUUUGCGGCCUUCGCCUCCUUCGGCGGGGGGUCCUCGACGGAGAUGGACAACAGCCACUUCUCGAAGAUGCUCAAGGAGUCCAAGAUCAUCGGCAAAGCCUUCACCGCGACCGACGCCGACCUGCUUUUCAACAAGAUCAAACCCAGAGGGGAGCGGCGGGUGCGGUUUGAGGAGUUCACCGCGCGCGCGCUGCCCGAGCUCGCCGCGCGGCUGAAGAAAAGCGAGGAGGCGGUGGCCGCGAUGAUCGCGGGGGCCUCCCCGCAGGCCAACGCCACCCGCGCCGACGCCGUCAAAUUCCACGACGACCGCUCGACCUACACCGGCGUCUACCGCGCGGGGGGGCCGACGAAUGUCGAUCGCGAUUCGGGCUCCCUCGCCGGCGUCGUCGACCGCCGCGUGGAGACGGUCGACAACCGCGGGACGGUCCCUCGCCAGCGAUAGGAAACUAACCGAUGCGAUCUAUACGAAACAACCCCAGAGGGGAUGAAAAAGCGCCUCCACGUGUCGUUUGUUUUGUUUUGUUUUAUAUAUAUCUAUCUUUAAUAUUUUUCACCAUUCGAGAUGUAAAUUAAUUUAAGGAGGGCUUGAAACGACCUCGGAAGGAGAAGGAGACGGCGCGAUCGCGAUGGCAAAACACUCUCGGCUCCCUUAAAGGGGAUUCCCGCUGCAGGGACACGUAUAACUAAUGACAAAAUUUUGGGAAGGGGAUUUAAUCGUCGAUUGCACGCACACGAACUAAAAUAGUCUCCUUUUCCCCACUUCAAAGGCGACAAAAAUUGAGUUGGGGAACAUCCUUCGCAACAUCACCACGUUUUUUUUGUCUUUAUGGGAUUUAUUUUGAUUUGAUUCUAAAUAGGAAUCAGAAUAAAUACCAUCAAAAUGCUUUUCAUUUUCCAUUUGAAUUCUAACAGAAAUCUUUUCAUUUUUUUUUAUAUAUAUAGUUAUCACGGCGGUUCGAAAUUAGGAAAUAAAAAGUAUAUGAUUCACUUUAAUUAUACGUCGAUGGGUCCCUUUUUAACGCAAAAGGCGGUAUUUCAAUGAUUUUCGUAUAUAAAUGGUCUUUCACUGUUUCUAUCUGAUCCACCUCUUUGUUUUUAGGUAGAAUAGAUUUUUCAAGUUCUAUAAAAAAACGUUAGUCUUCAUAGUACAAUUCUAUUUACACGCACACAGUAAAAUCUAUUUUUAUAUAGGUGUAUGUAUGCGAAAGGUUAUUUAGGCAUAUCAAACAAUUUUUAUUCUUGAAUUUUGAAGAAGUUGAACAUUUUUUUUGUCAUCACUAUUUAUUUUCCCAUUUUCGCAUCCUUUUGGUCAUUACAAAAAGGUUCAUUUGAAAUUCAAAGUUAGUACUCUUUCAGAAAAACAACCCUUCACGUGUGAAAGCCCUUGUGAAGCUUCA